AUGUCAUCCACCAAACCAACCCUCCUCUUCAUCCCCGGCGCCUGGCACAAAUCAUCCUGCUACACCCCCCUGAUCCAAAAACUCAACGACCAAGGCUACGAAACCGCAACCGCAGAACUUGCAUCCGUAGGCGCAAAUCCCGGCCUACAAACUUGGGCCGACGACGUCACCAACAUACAAUCUGUCCUCGCCCCCCUCGUCGACGCUGGGAAGCGCGUCAUCAUCAUCGCACACAGCUACAGCUCCCUCCCCGCCGGCGAGGCUAUCAAAUCCUAUUUACUCCGCGAGCGCGAAGCUGCCGGGAAAACUGGCGGCGUCGUGCACUUUGUGUACAUAUCCGCCUUCAUCAUCCCGCCGGCCACGUCCCUAAUGGACGCCCUCGGCGGCGUCGAUCUACCAUGGUUCAUCGUCUCGCCCUCGAAACUCGAGGUCCAGCCCGCCGACCCAGCAACCAUCUUCUACAACGACUUACCCAAGGACGUGCAGGAGGAGCAGAUUGCAAAGCUUGCCGUGUUUAGCUAUCAGAUGUAUUUCCAGAAGACGACGUGGGCACCGUGGAUGGAGGUGGCGGCGACGUAUGUGUUUUGCUCGCGGGAUAAUGCUAUUCCGCUACAGGUACAGGAGGGUAUGGUCAAGGGUGCUGGAGGCAAGUUCAGGGAGUCCGUUCUUGAGUCGGGUGGAUGA